CUAUUGGCUACUCCUAUGGCCCGUCCAUGAAGUUAUAUCAGAGAAUUAAAGGUUCUCCUCACUUCUCGCUGGUCCAUGUGGAUAGGUAUUUGAAGGUCGGGCAUUGUUCGAGGAGUUGCCUAGUCGACGCAUCCCUUUCCUGGGUAUUGCCCUGGGUCAGGCUGAAAGGACCCCUCAUGGCCCGGCUUCUUGCCCCUGGAUGGCCCAUGUCAGUGCCCGGGGGUAGAAGGGAAAAAACCCCUCACAUGUUCAUCCGUUCCCUCUUCACAGAUAACCUGAACUACAAUCUUUUGGAGUUGGUGGGAAGGAUGAGACUUUUGCAAGCGGAGUCCUUAAUAUCUUGAAGGUGUGCAGUAGGCACCGCGCAAAGAUUUACACUCUCCUUUUCAUUAUAGCAUCUUGAUCUUGCAACUUAGCAGUGGUAUCUUAGGAUGGAGGGGAAGCCCCAUAUCCAAAUUCCGAGAGUGAGACUUGGCAGCCAGGGACUGGAGCACGCACAUACUAUGUAAUCAGAAAGUCCAAAGACAGAAAAUAGUCUCAUCGUUCACCUGCUGGCUGUUCUAAUCAGGGUUAUAUUGACGAUCUUCAGUUUCUUAAUUACGAUCCAUGAGAUCUGCUACAGAAACCCUGAAUUUGGCAGUUGGGACUGGUUUUAAGCACAAGAAAUGUUGUCGUUUUUUUAUUUUUCCUGCCAUCUUCCUAUCCUUCCGGUGCUUCGCUUUAAUCAAGAUUUCUAGAUUGGGCUUUGGAUGCGGGGGACUCUCUGGAUAUUUGAAUGCUCCUCUGUCGCAUGAAGCUGGAUGCUCGGUUCUGAAGGAAGCUUUUUAUAAGGGUAUAACCUUCUUUGAUACAGCAAAUGCUUAUGGACGGAAUCAUGAUAAUGAAAUCAUGAUUGGCAAGGCAUUGAAACAACUUCCUCGAGAAAGAAUUCGAUUAGCUACAAAAUUCGGAUUUUCUAGUUCAGAGGAAGGUCAAAUCAGUGUCAAGUGUACCCCUGAAUAUGCACGGGAAUGCUGUGAAGCUAGUCUCAAGUAUCUUGAUGUGGACUAUAUCGAUCUCUACUAUCAGCAUCGUGUGGACACCUCAGUGCCAAUAGAGAAUACUAUGGAGGAGCUUAAGAAGCUGGUGGAGGAAGGAAAGAUAAAAUACAUUGGGUUAUCCGAAGCCAGUGCAGACACAAUUAGAAGAGCUCAUGCAGUUCAUCCCAUCACUGCGCUACAGAUGGAGUAUUCGUUGUGGACACGUGACAUCGAAGACGAGAUAAUUCCACUUUGCAGAGAACUUGGUAUUGGGAUAGUGGCAUAUAGCCCUCUUGGUCGCGGGUUCUUCGGUGGAAAAGGAGUCGUUGAAAGCUUUCCUAAUGACAGUUACCUGGCUGUGCAUCCAAGAUUCAUGGGGGAGAACUUAGAGAAGAACAAACUUCUGUAUGCCCGACUUUCCAGCCUGGCUGCAAAGCAUGCCUGCACUCCGCCUCAGCUAGCUCUGGCUUGGCUUCUCCAUCAGGGAGAUGAUAUAAUACCAAUCCCUGGGACGACUAAGGUUAAGAAUCUCGAUAGCAACAUUGGUUCCUUGGCAUUGAAGCUUACGCAAGAGGAUUUGAAAGAAAUUUCUGAAGCUGUGCCCGCCAAUGAAGUUGCUGGAGAAAGAGAUCCUGCCAUUUUAGCUAAAUUUGAAUGGAAGAAUGCAAAUACCCCACCAAAGUAAUUAAAUUGCAAACCUCUGAAGUGAAACCUUUCUUCUCGAUCUGCUUUUUGUAUUACCUAUGUUGUUUGUAAUUUGGUAGAAACAUUGUAAAUAAUCUUAAGCUACAAUUAAGCUCAUUGGGGUUGUCGGGCCUGGGCCUUUCUUUCUUAAUUUUGUGAGUGAGACUAGUUAUGAGAUGGUUUAUGGUUCAUGCAUGUGCCAAGAAUGUAAAGAAUUGCGAGAACGUCUUCAAGCGAGCGUGGAAUGUUGAUAUUGUAGAAAUUGGUUUGUAAGAGAAGUUUAUAGACUUUACAA